CUCCCACCGGCUCGCCCUUCCCCGCAGGACUGCCACCCGCCCCUCCGCCCCAGCCCUGUUCUCUCCCCGCCGAGCCGCGGCGGCCGCAGCAGCAGCAGGAGGAGGAGCCGGAGCCCGGGGGCGGCGGUGGCCGGGGAGCCCAUGGCGUACAGUCAGGGAGGCGGCAAGAAGAAAGUCUGCUACUACUACGAUGGUGAUAUUGGAAAUUAUUAUUAUGGACAGGGUCAUCCCAUGAAACCUCAUAGAAUCCGCAUGACCCAUAACUUGCUGCUAAAUUAUGGCUUAUAUAGAAAAAUGGAAAUAUACAGGCCCCAUAAAGCCACUGCUGAAGAAAUGACAAAAUACCACAGUGAUGAGUACAUCAAAUUUCUGCGUUCAAUAAGACCAGAUAACAUGUCUGAGUAUAGUAAGCAGAUGCAGAGAUUUAAUGUUGGAGAGGACUGUCCAGUGUUUGAUGGACUCUUUGAGUUUUGUCAGCUCUCAACUGGUGGCUCAGUUGCUGGGGCUGUGAAAUUAAACCGACAACAAACUGAUAUGGCUGUUAAUUGGGCUGGAGGAUUACAUCAUGCUAAGAAAUCAGAAGCAUCAGGAUUCUGUUAUGUUAAUGAUAUUGUGCUUGCCAUCCUUGAAUUACUAAAAUAUCAUCAGAGGGUCUUAUAUAUUGACAUUGAUAUUCAUCAUGGUGAUGGUGUUGAAGAAGCUUUUUAUACAACAGAUCGUGUAAUGACUGUAUCAUUCCAUAAAUAUGGGGAAUACUUUCCUGGAACAGGAGAUUUGAGGGAUAUUGGUGCAGGAAAAGGCAAAUACUAUGCUGUCAAUUUUCCAAUGAGAGAUGGUAUAGAUGAUGAGUCAUAUGGGCAGAUAUUUAAGCCUAUUAUCUCGAAAGUGAUGGAGAUGUAUCAGCCUAGUGCUGUGGUGUUACAGUGUGGUGCAGACUCACUGUCCGGUGAUAGGCUUGGUUGCUUCAAUCUGACAGUCAAAGGUCAUGCUAAAUGUGUAGAAGUUGUAAAAACUUUCAAUUUACCGUUACUGAUGCUUGGGGGAGGCGGAUACACAAUCCGUAAUGUCGCUCGAUGUUGGACAUAUGAGACUGCAGUUGCCCUUGAUUGUGAGAUUCCCAAUGAAUUGCCCUAUAAUGAUUACUUUGAGUAUUUUGGACCGGACUUCAAACUGCAUAUUAGUCCUUCAAACAUGACAAACCAGAACACUCCAGAAUAUAUGGAAAAAAUAAAACAGCGUUUAUUUGAAAAUUUACGCAUGUUACCUCAUGCGCCUGGUGUCCAAAUGCAAGCUAUUCCAGAAGAUGCUGUUCAUGAAGACAGUGGAGAUGAAGAUGGAGAAGAUCCAGACAAGAGAAUUUCUAUUAGAGCAUCAGACAAACGGAUAGCUUGUGAUGAAGAAUUCUCAGAUUCUGAGGACGAGGGAGAAGGAGGUCGUAGAAAUGUGGCUGAUCAUAAGAAAGGAGCAAAGAAAGCUAGAAUUGAAGAAGACAAGAAAGAAACAGAGGACAAAAAAACAGAUGUUAAGGAAGAAGAUAAAUCCAAGGACAAUAGUGGUGAAAAAACAGAUACCAAAGGAGCCAAAUCAGAACAGCUCAGCAACCCUUGAAUUUGAGAGUCUCACCAAUUUCAGAAAAAAGUGAGAAAAUAUUGGAAAGAAAAAUGUUUUCUUUUUGAAGACUUCUGGCUUCAUUUUAUACUACUUUGGCAUGGACUAUAUUUAUUUUCAAAAAUGGCUUUUUUUGUUUUUGUUUUUCUUGGCAAGUUUUAUGGUGAGUUUUCUAAUUAUGAAGCAAAAUUUCUUUUCUCCACCAUGCUUUAUGUGAUAGUAUUUAAAAUUGAUGUGAGUUAUUAUGUCAAAAAACUGAUCUAUUAAAGAAGUAUUGGCCUUUCUGAGCUGAUUUUUCCAUCUUUUGUAAUUAUCUUUAUUAAAAAAUUGUACUUGGA